AUGUCCCAAACCACCACUACGGACACACCUGAACAACAGCAACAAGAAGAUUUCGCUUCAAUUCCUCUUGGACUUUACUGGGACGAAUGGUCUCGUUGCAUUGGAUCUCGAUACCAACGAGACCAACUCUAUCGGUUGGGUCAAUUGGAUUCCUGCAGUCGACCGUGGAAAGACAUGAAAAAGGCCAUGAAGGCCAAGGUGUUGGAAAUUAGUGAACCAGACAAAGCGAAAGAAUUGAUGGAUUCCACCUACUACAAAAAGAGAACGACCAUUUCACCGACGGCUGGAGCCAUUUGGGAAUUGAAAAAGAAACCCUCGUGGACAUUGGAUUGA